GACAGCAAUCUCACUGUUUCUGUAACUCAUUUCUGGUUCCUGGACGUCACUUUAACUUUUUUUCCCUAUAAAUUUGUUCUGACCACAAGGCACCCCUGGAGCCUCUGUGAAUCUGCUGUGAUUCUGAAGGCUGCUGGAUCGACGAAUUGUUCAUUGCUCAACUAAACUCCUUUAAAUUUAAGUCAGCUGAAGUUUUUAUUUUAUCAGAUUGUGUCAGAAGCAGAAUCUGAAGUGGAGCCUCUAGUAUCCCCAGGAGCACUGAGUAAACACAGAAGGUAUCUGCAGGAUCCGCUUGUGUCCAUUGAUCUCUCAGAGCAGCUGAGGAUCAAAGAGUUUUUUUCUUGAAGGGCUUGAGGACUGAAGCAUCCCACAAAAUGAUUCUAUUGAAUAAUUCCGAGCGGCUGCUGGCCCUAUUCAAAUCUUUAGCAAGGAGCAUUCCUGAGUCCCUGAAGGUGUAUGGCUGUCUGUUUCACAUCAAUCACGGGAACCCCUUCAACAUGGAGGUGUUGGUGGACUCCUGGCCCGAGUAUCAGAUGGUUAUUAUCCGACCUCAAAAACAGGAUAUGACUGAUGACAUGGAUUCAUACACUAAUGUAUAUCGUGUAUUCUCCAAAGACCCUCAAAAAUCACAAGAAGUUUUGAAAAAUUCUGAGAUCAUAAACUGGAAACAGAAACUCCAGAUCCAAGGUUUUCAAGAAAGUUUAGGUGAGGGGAUAAAAGCGGCUGCAUUUUCAAAUUCAGUGAAGGUAGAGCAUUCGAGAGCACUCCUCUUUAUUACGGAAGAUAUCCUGAAGCUUCAUGCCGCCAAUAAAAGCAAGCUUGGAAGCUGGGCUGAGACAGGCCACCCAGAUGACGAAUUGGAGAGCGAGACUUCCAACUUUAAGUAUGCCCAGCUGGAUGUGUCUUAUUCUGAGCUGGUAAAUGACAACUGGAAGCUAGGGAUGAAUAAGAGGAGCCUGCGUUACAUCAAGCGCUGCCUAAGAGCCCUGCCAGCAGCCUGUAUGCUGGGCCCAGACGGUGUCCCGGUCUCAUGGAUAACCAUGGACCCUUCUUGUGAAAUAGGAAUGGGCUACAGCGUGGAAAAAUACCGAAGGAGAGGCAACGGGACACGGCUGAUGGUGUGGUACAUGAAGUAUCUGUGUCAGAAGAAUAUUCCAUUUUACGGCUCUGUGCUGGAAGAAAAUCAAAGCGCCAUCAGAAUGAAUAGGGCACUAGGUUUCCUUGAGGCCUCCUGUCAGUGGCACCAAUGGACCUGCUACCCACAGAAUCUUGUUCCGUUGUAGACAAUGAAGCUGCUUAGCAAUCUUGGGCAAGCCAUCUCUUAAUAUUAAAGCAGACACCACAGAAUAGCUUUCUUCACUUACAAAUGUUGAUUGGGCAUUUCUGAUAUGGCAGGAACUCUUUCUCACAUGGAGACUUGAUGUUAAAGGCCACAGCCAUGCUCUCGAGGAGCUUACAAUCCAAGCUGGAGGCAGGGGAGGGUAUAGUCAUUAAAUAUGCUUAAGUGUUGUAGGGAAGGACGGGGUUACCAGUAAACAUGUAACUAGAAAGCCAGGCUCAGUUCUUACCUCUGGGAAUCAGAACUCUUUAUGAAACUUGGUUGAUAGAAUCUACUAUCUGGAAGAUAAAUGAAGAACUUUAAUAAAAUUGUCAAUAGAAUAUACCUAAUCUAUAUGGAUACUUUAAUGGAAAGAAAUACCCCUGCUAUGUAUGGAUUUAUGAGGCAACGGCUAUACUAAAGAAUGGAAUCAGUCUCUUAGUUUAGUGACUAGCAAGGUAUCAAAGGUGAAGCCUCAGACAAAUGGCUUUCCUAGACUACCUUUCAUCAUUGUUAUGCAGAAAAGGAUCUCCAGAGAAUCAAGUGGGCUGGCCUUGAGGCCUCUGCUGUGGAAAUGACAUUUGUUGUGCCUGCCUCCUUUCUCCUACUCUUUCUCACUUCCUCAUCAUUAGUGAAGCAUGGCACAGGACAAGGUGUUGCCUGUGAGUCUGGUUACAAAUUCAGCUUUUGAUGUUUGCAGCACUGCUAUCUUAAGGGGUCAAGGGCAUUCCAGGGAGAAGUGACCACUAAGGUGAAGACUGGAGAGUGAGUAAGAGUGAGCCAUACAGUAAAAGUGGAAAAAUCCAGAUGAUGGAAAGGACACGUGCCAUGCACUAUCAUAAUAACUUUAUAAUUAUACACUUAUAUUACAAUUUCUGAAUCCCUGAUCUCAAAAAAAAAGAAAAAUACACUUCAUGAAAAAAAUGGGGCCUCAUUUGGCUCCGCUCUCCCACCCUGUCAUUGGAGCUUGGAUUACUGUGAACACUGUAGCCACAGCAAAAAGAAAACAAAAAUUGGCAUUUUUACUCCUUCUGAUAGUCUAGAUUUUAAAAAACAAAAGAAAUCUUAAUAGAAUUGUCUUUUGGAGUAAAGUCUACCAGUAUUAAACAACACCUCAUCUCUCCGUAAAAAAUAAACCUCCACAAAAUUG